GAAGUUGUGGUUAGGGGCCACGGCGGGUUGCGGCGCGGUGCUGGUAGGAGAACAGGAAGUGGCGAUAAGCGCAAGCGCGCUGUGCCUGGCACAAAGUUCGGUAUUACAGUUGACUGUGAGACAGUGCAGAAGGUUGCUUUUAAAGAGUGGCUCCUUUCUGAGUUUUGUGUAGAGGAGUAUUGUGUAUCUGAGGAGUGCUAUCACUUAAGAGAGGAAUUACCACAGAGUAAACUACAUAGAGAAGUUUUUGGCUUCUUUUAAGACGAAGCCAAAGCCACAGAAGUCUUUCACUCUGUUUGAACAUCCGUAUUCUGGUUGGGCUAAGGAAAUCGUUGAUUGGUACAACAAUGCGAUACAAUCCAAGAAGGUAUCGUCUCCGGUCAAGGUGGAACCUCCGCUUACGCCCGAGGAGUCGAUUGAACAGGAGAUUAUUGAACUUUGCGAAGAGGAGGAAGAUGCGCAGGAUGAAGCGUUGUCUUCUUCCGAAGUAUAUUAAAGCACGUCGAGCUAAGAGAUUGAAUAAAAAAGCUCGUCGUCUUCAGCCAUUAUGGAGAAUGCCAAUUGCACCAAUGUGUCGUGCUAAACUGUCUUUUUGGCACACUGUAAAUAUGAGUUUUAGAUAUGGUGGUGCAGACUUUGAUCAAAAUUUUAAGAAAUUGAAUUUGGUGCCCUUAAAACAUAAAGAAUGGUUUCAUACCUUUAGAUGUAAUUAUGGUAGGGUAAUUCCGUCUAAAGCUAUAAUAAAAUUCUAUGGUUUCAAUGUUCAUGAAAUGUUAUUUCCACAUUUUACAAAUGAAGAAGUGGAAACUAAGGACAAUAGUUCAAUGCAACGGAGAUUAAAUGCAUGUUUGGACAGUCUUUCUAAAUGUAAAUUAACUGGUGCUGUUCAGCCAAGUGAGAUGUUGGUUGUUUCAAAGCCUGCUCAGAAUGCUUAUGUUAGUAUUCGUCAUUUAAAGUAUGGUGAAGAGUUGGGCAGUUUAGCUAAGUAUGAUUCAGGAAAUGUUAAAUAUCGUAAAAUAAAUAAGAGGACUACAUUUAAGUUUUAUCGUUAUUUUAAGCCUAGUACAUCUUGUCCAAUAGAUACUGUGUUGAAAGAGGAUAAUGCUGUGUCUACUUUAGAAACAGAAUGUAAAGUUCCAGAUCAUUGUAGAUUGUAUUCUAAUUCAUUUGGUGAUUAUUGUAUGGGUGUUUUAGAGAGUGGUUUUGAGCCGCAGAAGGGUUCAGAAAAUGUAUUACGAAAAUCUGUUUCUGUAUUGUGUAAAGUUGAUUAUUAUGUAACUUUUUGUUUAAAAAAUACUUCAGCAUCUUGUUUGUUUAAUACAAUGAAACUGAAAAACCCAAACAUUCUCAACCAGUACAUUAGAGAAUUAGAAACACACAAACCUGAAGUGGAAAGUAAAAUUAACAAUGAUGAUACUAAUCAAGCCUGGAACGCUCUGAAAGAAAAUAUCACACGAGCAACUACCUCAGUUUUGGGACAUUUUACUACAACUAAGAACCCCUGGUUUGAUGCCGAGUGCUCGAACGCUAUCGAAGAUAGAAAAUUAGCAAGGGAAAAAUUCCUACAAAAACCAAUAACACAAAACAAACUUAUUUUUGAAGAGAAACAGAAACUUGCCAGGAAACUCAUUAGGAAAAAGAAAAGGGAUUUUAUGAAUUACAAAUUAAAAAGAGCUGAGAAUGACCGUACCACAGACUCCAGAGGAUUUUUCAAGAGCAUAAAUAUGUUUAAAAGUGGGAAUAUAAAAAAUUAUGGACAGUUCAUAACAGACCCAGAUGGCUCCUUGCUAACAGAAAGAAGUGACAUUGCUAACAGAUGGAAGGAAUAUUUUAAUGAGUUACUAAAUGCUCCAACUAUAAGCAUCUCUCAGGAAGAUGACAAUGAAUAUCUUACUGCUGACCCAUCGGACGAAGAGCCCAGCUUAGCAGAAAUUAAAGAAAGCAUCAAGAAGCUGAAGAGACAUAAAGCUCCUGGAAGUGAUGGUAUAGACACAGAUAUAUGGAAGCUCAGAAAUAAUAAUUUGGGCAAUAGAGGGUUAAAAUGA